AUGGAUGGAAUUAACAGGUUAACCAAUACUGUUGCUAUGCUUGCAAACGGUGGCGGAGCUGGCGGUGGAGGUGGUGGAGGAGGUGGCGGUGGAGGUGGCGGUGGUGAUGGAGGUGGCGGUGGAGCCGCUGCAGCCGCCGCAGCUGCAGGACUGUCUGGUCAACUAAGUGGUUUAGGUGAGGGGAUUGGGUUGUUAAUAAAAGAGAUAAGAGAUUUAAAAGCCUCUCAGGCUGCUGGUGCCGCUGGUGGUGGUGGAGGUGGCGCGAAUUCGUUAUUAAUGGCAGCCACAAUAGGAAAAGCUUUACAGUCUAUCAAGCAAGCUCAAUCUGCUGUAAGCAUGUCAGCAGGGGGUGGCGGUGGAGCAUUUGGUGGGUUUGCAAGAGUUGCUCCGCCACCUUUGGCGUUAAUGGGCGGAAGUGGAGGAGUGGCUAAUUCAGCCAUGAUGGGUGCACUUCAAGCUUUGCAAGCUGGUGGUGGUUUGGCAGGAGCACAUAACUUGGGUGCGUCCGCUGGUAUAGGUGGUGGUGGAUUGAUUGGAGGUGGAGGCGGAGGUGGCUUUAGUGCUUCGGGUGCUGCAUUUGCAGCUCCGCCGGUAAGUCCAUUUGCUCCAAUACUCCAAAGCAGCAUGGGCUCCAUGGGCGUGCCUGGUGCGUCAAAUUUUAUGAACAGUUUAGCUGAGGGGAUGAACAAAGUGACGCAACAAUACAUGGAUCAACUUAAAGCUGCUGGCGCUAUGAAAAUACCUGCAGCAGGUGGUGGUGGUGGUGACGGUGGUGGUGGUGGUGGCGGCGGGGGUGGUGGGGGUGGUGGAGAUGAUAAAAAACCCUCAAAAGGUAAAAGAAGAACAAAAGAUAAAAAAUCAAAACGAGGCCAAGUAAUAACCAUUGACAAAAAUGAAUUAGCACAACUUUUGAAAGAAUCAGAAGAGAGGCAUGGCAAAAAGAAAAGUUCAACAAGCAUCGCAAAAGCAUCUCCGCAGGAGAUAGGACCAAUUUUAGGAGCUGAAAAAUUGGUUUCAAACCAGCCGAAAUCAAAAAUGAAGAAACUAGCAAAGGAAGCUGAAAAAAAGCUGAAAGAACAAGAAGCAGCGGCAAAACAGGAAAUGCUGAACCAAAUGUUGGCUGAGAAAGCACAAAGUAUGAAGUUUGGCAUUGGUUUGAAACCAACGAAGCCUGGCGUUACACGUGAGAUUUACUGGGACAUUGACGACAUAAGUGACGGCUACAUAGAAGGACUGUAUAAGAACAGUCGAUUCCCUUCAAAACCCGACAAAAGUGACGUUUUAUAUAACUUUGACUCGUCGACAAUACAAAGUGAUGGGUUCGGUCAACGUGUAUAUGGAUGGUUUCUGCCUCCUCUCACUGGUGGAUACAUUUUCUACACGUCUUGUGAUGACGCUUGUGAUAUGUUUUUAAGUCCAAAUGAAAAUCCAACCUUAAAAUUGAAACUUGUCUCGCAGAAGCAGUGGUCUGAUCACAACCAGUUUGACAAAUAUCCAUUAAUGCAAGCAUCAACUGUAGUCCGACUUACAGCUGGUAAAUCUUACUACAUUGAAGGUGUCGAAUCUAAUUCUGAAGGACCAAACAGUUUAUCUGUUGGUGUUCAACUUCCCAAUGGACUUGUGUUACGCCCCAUUACAGGUGAAUUUCUCAAUCGUGCACCAGAUGCUGCAGCUGGAAGUUCUCGAAAUCUGGAUGGAAAAGAAAGCGGUGCUUCAUAUUCCCAAGCUGAAUUUUUGACCAGCAGUCAAACUGGAGGUGGAGGUGUGGAUGCUGGUGGUGGUCUGGGUCUUGGUUCACUUGGAGAGUUAAACCCUUCUGAAGCAAUGUCAAAGGCGCCAUUAGGGUUUGUGUUUCCAAGCGCGCAAUCAGGGACAGCCAGUGUUAAUCCCGGUGUUAUGAAGAAAAAGAUUGCCCAAACCAUCGCCGCCGGUAUUGCAGCCGGAAUAAUCAGUGGAGGAAGUGAACUACUCAAAAGUAUUGAAAGUGCUUUAAAGUCGUCAAUUGCGGCUGUGCCCCCUCCCGCAGCUGCUGCUGCCGGUGGUGAUGGUGGUGGUGAUGGCAAUGGCGAUGGUGGUGGUGGAGGUGGAGGUGAUGGCAGUGGUGGAGACGGAAAACCUGCACCUGGUGCUCCAGGUGGUGCCGGCGGCCCAGGUGGACCUGGUGGACCUGGCGGUCCAGGAGGACCUGGUGGACCCGGAGGACCUGGUGGUCCUGGUGGACCUGGUGGACCGAUGUCUUUGGCGCCAGUGUUGUCCUUACCUGUUCCUAUGGAGAUGCAUCGUUAUGUUGAAGAACAUGAUGAUGACGACCACCACCAUAGCAACCACGACAAACAUUUCACUGAGUCGAAAUACCAUGACAACCACAUGGGGGAAGGCACGCAAUGGAUGGGACAUGACAAUCACUAUGGACUAUCUCCAUAUCUUUUACCUGGAAUGCCAGGUGGUAAUGGUGGUCCUGGUGGACCAGGCGGCCCAGGUGGACCAGGUGGCGAGGGUGGUCCUGGGGGACCCGGUGGUCCAAUCAAUGCCUUAGAUCAGCAUUUUGUGUCCAGUGCAUACUUGCAGCAGCCUCAUGGAAACCCAAACUUUGGUCAUGGAAGCAAUAGAUUUGGUCAAGGAUAUCACUCGGUGUUAGUUCCAGAUCAUACCAACACUUACAUAGAUACAGGUAGUAUUUCGCCGAUGCCGUUUCAUAGUGUGACUAUGCCACUUCAUCCCGCUCAUCAGAUGUUGCAACAAAUGAUGCAAGAUCAAGCUGAUUCCUCCGUCGUUACCCAUGGUGUUGACGGACGUCAUAUCGGGUCGGUUGGUGUUGUAUAUCAGCAAAGAACUCCACACGAAGGUGCUCAGUAUAAGCAUGAUAUUUUGCAACCUGUGGAGGUGUUGGACCCCCACAAGAGCGUACUCACCGCGCCUGGAAAAACAAGAAGCCUAAAGAAGAAAAGAAAGAGGAAGCAAACAAAAGUUGAAAUAAUUAGUGAUAAGAAACAUUACACAAUAGCUGAAAUAAAGCAAAAACAACAUGAUAUUAUGCAGAACAGAACGUUGCAACUACAGUUUGAUGAGAUUCAAUCAAAUCAUGAUGACGCAGACACAACAAAAAGUUCAGUGAGGGAAGGACCGAGGCAGGAAAUUUCUACAGAAUCCUUAAAUGAUGUUUUCAAACAGAUCUCGAAUAAGCGCAAAAGAACAAUUCCGAAGAACAACAAUUUAUUAAUCCGAACCGGAGUUCAUCGUAUUUUUCGGGAAUAUCCUUCGUUUACGCAAAGUGAAAAAACGGAAUUAGCCAGUACCUCGAGAAACGCUACUGGACCAAACAUUCGCAAAAGACAGUACAAAAUCAAAGGUUUUCCUACAAAUUUAACCACCACACUGGCGCGUAAAUCUUUUAUAUUUCCACGACAUCAAGACAGGGCCAUCGCCAAACUUGACGAUGAUGAGGACAACGAAGAUAGCGAUGGAGAUGACGAUCUAAAAGCGGCUAUCGUGAAAUUUACGAUCGCACGUGACACAAGCGACCAUACUGGUGAACCAAGAAGCAUUUUGGGCAAAGUAACUCCCGCAAUGCAACAAGAUAACGAUAAAAAAGUCAACGAAAUUGAGGGUUUACACGACUUCCCGGUGCUCGGACUUAAUGCUGAGUUGAAUGACGUCAAGAAUGAGAAUCAGUUUAAUAAUGGCCGUCGUUUCUACGCUAAUGAAAAACAACUAAGGAACACUUUUAGUUCUUUUUAUACUGAUCCAAACGAAGAAAUGGAAAAAGGAGAUAAUGACGUUGUUGAUGAUGGAGAUGUUAGUCAUAUUGAAGAUAAAAACUCCACGCAUCAUAAGAGAGUACCUUUCAAAACUUAUAGUGGAGAUAAGAGAAAUGUUACUGAGAUGUCUAUGCAACAUAAGGGAGAACAAUUGUUUAGAAAGAAGGAAAGAAAGAAUAACUCUUCGGGGAAUGAAAUAACUGAAAACAAAACACUGGCUCGAUCAUCUGACUAUCCUAAUGCAAAUUUUGCAAACCCUGCAUUGCAUAAAAUGACCAACUCAGUAUCAAUAAAGCAGACUUUUGAAAAAACAUACAAAAAAAACUCCACAAGAAAUAUUGAAACAGAACACCAUGCUGCAGGAACCAUGAAGUCAAGCGUCCGAAAAGAAAACCCGAUAAUUUCCCUGUUUCUUCCUGCUCCAAGCGCAGUAAAUUUUGCUGGUGUAAACAAUGCCGUUACAGACGAAACCAAAUUUACCAAUGCAAACAGAACUUUAAUAAACAUCACAGCUGUUAACGGCAACGAUGAUGCGGAAAACGAUAACGAAUCGCCUUUGGUUGUAAAAGCUACUUACCGAGUACUAAAUAAUACCGAUGAGGUGGAUUCCGUAGAUGACCAAGAUGAUGAGAGCGGACAAGGUAGUUCAUCUGGUUCAGGCAUGGAUGAUUUGAUCACGUCGUCAGUAAAGAUAACCAAUUAUAACGUCGGUGAAGACAACGACGUGACGGCGUCGCAGAAAGAAUCCAUAACAAAACAUGCUAGCCACCAUAUAAAUUCAUCUUCUGUUAACCAAGAUUUAAAACAAAUUUUGAAUCAGUCACUUUCUAAGGCAGACGGAGAUGAUUUUGUUGUACGUCAAAGUGAAGCUGAAGUGAGACCUGCGCAGUUAAGUCAGAAUCAAAAGCUACCCACAAGUAAUAACACAGCGCCCAGUGAAUCAAUAAAACCUCAUAUCAACAGAGGUAAUCAAACAUCAUUUAUUGACUCGAUGUCACAAAACAAAACACGAAGUGGUACUAAACUUCUACACGUAGCUCAAGUCAAUCAUGUGUUGUUUAAUUCUACAAACGAGGCUGGCCAAACAGCUAUGGAAAGUUUGACUGAUGAACAAAAAGAUGACAUGAAAAGUACCAACAAACAUAACUUCCACCAAACCAAACUACCUUUCAUGGAAAAACUAACGCUUCAGUUGUCAAGACUUAAGAGAAAUCUUGAUGUCAAAACAAUAUAUGAUACAAUCCGUCAAAAUCAACAAAAUGCAACAAAUUUAAAAACCAUCUUUGAUUGGGUUAGAGACUCGAAUAAUUCGCUGGAUCAACCAAGCGCAAUCAGAAGGGAUACCAUAGCAAAGAAAAACGUAAACGAGAGACCGAGUGCGAUUCCUCGGUAUACGUCAUUAAGAAGUAGGAAGCGUGAAUUGCGGUACAGAUAUCGUAAUAAAAUACAGAAUGAGGAUGACGUCAGAGUAAAGAAAGAAUUUAUAAAAAUCACAUCCCAAGCAAACAGUACGAAACGUGCUGUCGUGACCGAACGUCAGAAGCUUGAGAUUGCAAAUGCUGCUUUAAAAACUGUUAUGCCGGUUAUCCUACAAGGCAUCAUCCAAAAAGCAGUCUACAGAAAACAGCAUCCGUACGCAGCACCACAAACGGCGUUAUCAACACAACCGGUGUCACCGGCAUUACCAUCCAUGUCAGACGUAAACAUCAGACAUAUGGCUGGAUACGGUCAACCUGGAUUUGUUAGACCUGAUUUGAUGAGUGCACCUGCAGCGCUACCUGUAAAAUCACGACCUUCGUUUGGUGUAGGACUUUUAAAGUCAUUGUUAGCAAAGAAAUUUGGCAACGACGGAGGACAAUACGCAAAUAUGGUUAAUGGUAUAAUAAACACCGGAACAACGGGUUUACCGCAGCUACUGGGAGGCUUAAUACAACAUAGCGCUUCUCCUUUACAGCCAGAACUAGCACCGGUGCUUUCUAUAGGGCCUGAACCACCUCCGCCACCUCCAACACCUGAGCCACCCGCGCCCCCUCCUCCAGCAAAACCACCGUCUGGCCCACCGCCAAAUGCGAAUAUGAGAUCGUUUCUAAAUUUUCCAGAUGUGCGUUUAAAGCAUAGCAAGAAGUUUAAGAAGACAAAGAAAAAGUCACAUGGAAGAUUAAAUAAUCAUAAAAAUGGACACAUUGUACCCGCUAUGACCAAAAUAAACAACAACGUCAACAACGACGACGACAACAGGGACGGCAAAAACGACAACGACGGCGUGAAUAUAAACACUGGUAACGCCGAAAAUGUCAACAAAAUGAAUGACAAGAUAGAUGGAAGCAAGGAAGAGUUUACACCUGAAAAAAAACAUGACACACAAUCCGACGCAAAAGAACGUCUUGACGACAACACGUCUACAAUGACGUUAACUACUGGUGUCGGAAAAAACAAUGUAAACAAGCUGGAUGAGGUUCAAGAUCGAGGUGUAGCGAAAAAAACAAAAAAUGGUGUUGUAAUCGUUCCGUUCGGAAGUAUCGAUUACAUGAGAAAUGAAAUUGGUAACGAAGGUGUCAUGAAGUUGCAACAGCAGGAGUUUGGGCAGAGCUACGUUCGCGUUAGAUCGAACGUGGAUCGACAUAAAAAUGUGUAGAAAAUAUUUUCAGGACUGGAUUAGCUUCCAAGUGCGUCAAGGACAAUUCAUUUUCGAUUCAAAAUUUUGGGAGCAAUUACCUCAAAAGCAACAAAUUCGCGGACAUUAUUUCAAGAAAAGUAAAUUCGCGAAAUUUAAGUGCCUAAAAUUCUUAAAUCUGGCUUAACAGCAAAAAUCUGUUUCGUACAUUAUGAAUGUUAGAAAUUUGUUCAGACAAUCGUUAAACAUUUCUAUUUAACUUUGAUGAUUGUUAAAAUUUAUUUCACCAAUUUUGCAAUUAUUGGACUAGGCUGCGAAAAUUUCCGCAGAUAAAGAAUUUAUUUUCAAAUGUUAUAGAUUUAAAAUUUACCUUAGUAAGGACGUUCCAUCGUUCAAAUUGAUCACUUCUUUCGUUCGAAAGUUUAUUUCAUUUUCGACCAAUGUGUAUAUAGUAAAAAAUAUUUUGUAAAUAUAUUAAAAGAAUUACUGUCUUAUUGUUAUA